AAAAGAAAAGAAUGGGGAAGAAGCUUGUUACAGUGUUCCUCAUGUGUAUUGUUGUUUUUGCAGCAGCAAUGCAUGUAGCUAAAGCCGCCGGUGAUGAUCACUACCACGCCGUCAUGGACGCAGCCACAGCUCCCGCCACCAUAGACCCAACCCCAGUCGUGGCGUCUGGGGACUGCUUCAGCUCUUGCAAGAAGGAAUGCGGCAGCCCAGACACCUGCCUUAGGAAGUGUCGGAAUCAAUGUGCCGAAAAUGAAGACAAGAUGUCUGUAGAUGAGGAAGAAUGAAGUUUGACGAACAUCAAGGUAGACCGUAGAGGGGAAGCAUAUUAAAUUAAUUACCUUAAAUUAGUACACGAGCUGAAAAGUCACAUGGAAAAACAAGAAUAAUGUAUGGAUGAAAUGCACAAAUAGAGCAGAAUUGCUAUAAUGUAAUUUUAGCACGGAGAAAUAACAUUUUGUAUUGGAGAUGA